GGUCAGGCUGCCUGCUUUAUCAUCAUCUUCCUCUUCAUCCCUCCCUCCUUCAUUCCCUCCUCAGCACCCUUCUUUCAGCUGCUCUGCGGCAUUACCUACAGGACAAACUGUGGCUAAACUCCUAACCACUAGACUGUCGGGUUUGUCUGGUAUAUGAAAAAUGCCCAGUGUCACUGUGAAAGAUGUCAACCAACAGGAGUUUGUCAGAGCUUUGUCUGCUUUCCUUAAGAAGUCUGGCAAACUGAAGGUCCCAGAAUGGGUUGACACUGUAAAGCUUGCCAGGCACAAAGAGCUGGCUCCUUGUGAUGACAACUGGUUUUACACCAGAGCAGUAUUUUGUUUGUUCGUCACACCAGCGUCCACGGCACGUCACCUGUACCUGCGAGGAGGAGUGGGCGUGGGCUCCAUGAUCAAGAUCUACGGUGGGCGUCAGAGGAACGGAGUGUGCCCCGCCCACUUCAGCGUGGGCUCCAGGAAUGUGGCAAGGAAAGUCCUCCAGGCUCUGGAGGGCCUCAAGAUGGUGGAGAAGGACCCCAGUGGUGGACGGAGACUUACCUCUCAGGGCCAGAGAGAUCUGGACAGGAUCGCAGGUCAGGUUGCUGCGGCAAACAAGAAACAGCGGAGUUUACAAAUCGCCAUCUGAGGAGAGAAUGCAAAGAAUCCAGAGCAACGUUAAUGCAGCUAUGCCUCACACUUAUUUACUGCACCCUUAUCACUGUGGUGCCCCACAUUAAUCAAGUACAAGAGGCAUUUCACAAAGAAGCAUGUAUCUAUAAUACUACAGUGAUUACAUUAAUUUAUUAUGAAUGUCAAGAUAGCAGUGGCCUAGAGACAGAAAAACUCAAUGGGCUCAUGAACAUUUUAAUGUUGUCUCUGCAUGAAUGUAAAAAAAACACAACAAAAACAGUUUGGAUGCUAAUGUAUAUUUUAUUAAUUCAUCCAGUUACAGAGUAUUAUGCCCAAACAAUCUGUUUGUGAGAUGCAAAGUAUACGGAUGACAAAAUAAUACACAAGGAGUUCUAAAUAAACUGUCAGCUCACGUG